AUGCCCACCCCAGCUAAACGUCUCGCCCGCUGCUACGCGCAGCUUGCACGGCCGCUGCGAAAGCUGCGCCGGCGCUUUGGUUCCGUACGCCGCCCAGUCAGGCUGCUUUUAUUUUCUGCCACUGUUCUCCUCUUCCUUCUCCUUCUGUCCCAGCGCACCGGUCACGGCAAACAAUCCCCUGGCCCCUCGCUGUCUCGUAUCGACGCCGCACGCGCAAAGUGGGUUCAGGAGAACCCCGCCCCGGGAAAUACGCACGAGCUCUGGGACAAGGUCAAGAAUGACGUCGCCUUUGGCGUAAAGACGGGCCACGAGGUCGCGGCCCACCGCCUGGCUACUCUGCGCCGUUCAGGAUGGUGGAGCGUGGGUCGUGAUGUCCCCAACAUUCUCGUCGUGUCCGACAGUGACGACGCAGAUCUUGGCGUGGUCGGUCUCAAGGCGUACGUACGCUCAUGAUAUGCUCCGUGUAGACAACGAGACACACCCGCGCGAGAUGCCCGAAAAGUAGUGGGACAAGACCGGAUGGAGGGGGGACAAGGAUAAGAACCUUCCUGCCUUGCAUCUACUGCGAACGACGUUUCCGGGCAAGAAGUGGUACUUGCUGCUCGACGACGAUACGUACAUCUUCCUCGACAACUUUGCCGGGUACAUUAUGCAGCAGGGUAUGGACGAAAAGCCGGUGUACACGGGCAAGGUAUUCUUCAUUUCGCGGUGCGGCGGGUUUGCACGUGAUGGAACCUGGGCGGCGGACACGUCCAAGCCCAAGGGUAUGUUUGCGCAUGGCGGUAGUGGCAUUGUGAUCAACGCUAAAGCGAUAGAAAAGGUUUACUCGCGCCUCGGUGAGUGUAUCCAUGAAUACUGCUCGUGUUGGGCGGGCGACAUGCAAGUAGGCUUGUGUAUGUGGCGAGUCGGAGUACCGCUGCGGAUAAUCGAGGGAGGCCGGUCCAAGUGGGAGCGGCACUUUAUACCGUUUUGGCCUAGUAAGGUACUUAGUGACAAGCGGUACUCGCAACGGUGGCACAGCCGCGAGGAGCCGAUCCGGUUCCAUCAAAUCCCAGAGAACGAACAGAAACUGAUGAGCCAGUUUGAGAGAACGCUCGCCAAGGAUGGAGACAGUGUGCAAUAUUGCGAGCUCCGGGAACAUCUCAUGUCUAACGGAAUUAUGCCGUUUGACUCUCCAAAGUUCAGGCAGUUUAAGUACUUCUCGACAGAGUUUUUCACAGAUGAGAUGAAAAUGAAGAUGGGAGGACCCGAGAGGUGAACGGCGCGGAGGAAGGGCUAGUUUGCGUUAGAUAAGUGGGGCAAUAGCGCUUAUCUGCCUCGCAAGCAUCAGCACUGACGGGUCGGCGAUUAGAACGCAAAAGCCUUGGGAGGGGUGGUCCUCCUUUCAUUUUGAUAUCGUUGCGCAACAAACACGAUACCUUCAUGAAGACUAAGAGUGACUGCCCAUUCUUCGCUAAUCUUGCCAUGAGCCAUCGCUCCAAUCACGUAAAGUACGUUCACAACCUCCGCCUUUUCCUCGAUGCUCCUCGAGGAAAAGGCGACUCCUCU